UGAUAAUUCCACUAACCUGACCUGACCCGACCCACCCACCCACGGCUGACAAAAUGACUUUUAUCGUUUAAUCCUCGAACAGUACAACUUUUAUAUUCAUCGAACUUGUAUAAAUAGCUUUACAUUUCAAUUCUUUAAUUCAUUCUCAUUUCAACUUCUCUACUUUUUAUUCUCUCUGAUUCUUCUUCUCCUCCUCUUUUGUCAAAAGCACCCAUGGCUCAGACCGUUGUCCUCAAGGUCGGCAUGUCGUGCCAAGGUUGUGUUGGUGCUGUGAAAAGAGUUCUGGGGAAAUUGGAAGGUGUGGAAUCGUAUGACAUUGAUAUAGAUCAACAGAAGGUGACAGUGAAAGGCAAUGUGCCAGCAGAGACAGUUUUUCAGACUGUUUCGAAAACUGGAAAGAAGACUGCCUACUGGGAGGAGGCAGAACCCGCAAAGCCAGCUGAGGCUGAAGCAAAGCCUGCAGAAGGGGAAGCUAAACCAGCAGAAACCGAAUCAAAGCCUGCAGAAACUGUUGCUGCUGCUUGAAAUCUCAACUGCAUUUGCAUAGGCCUGUUGAGUGUAUUGACUUAUCUUAAUUUGUAUUAUUCAGUGUUCACUUGUUUGUUACAGGCUACGACAUCUCUUGCUUCUUGUGUUUUUAUCUCUAUAGAAACUGUUGUACACCUUUGGUUGGUGAGAAAAUGAUAAAAGAAGGAUCUGAUUUCUCGUGAAA